CUGAUCGGAAUCUGCAGUUCUGAACACAUGAAAGUCCGCAUUCAACUUAUCUGCCAAUCAGAUACAAGGAGCGAAUCAGUUCGGAUUACGGAGAUGGAUUCACAUCAGGUAAUAAAAGAUAACCGCUGUGUCCUACCUACGCAAGUGCUUCCUUAGGCUGUGAUUCAUUCCUCAAUUCUAUCCUGAUUCUAUUGUUUAUCUGAGAGUGAUCCUAUUCCUCAUCCUUAUAAUUAUUCCCAGAAACAUGGCAGAGAAGCUGGACUUUACUCUGAGACCAGCCAAUGAAUCGGACUGCGAAGCCCUUACUGAGAUCUUGGAACACUAUGUGCAUAACACUCUCAUCACAUUCCGCCUGGAAGCCCAAUCCGAGGACGAGGUUCGUCAAGGGUACAAUAACGUGAUAGCGAGUGGACUUCCAUACAUCGUUGCCAUCGAUGCACAUGGGAAGAACUUAGGCUGUGCUUCCGUUUCCGGAUUUCGGGGUGCAAAAGGCGGUUAUAUGCACACGGUAGAGCUGACACUGUUCUGCCAUCCCGAUCACAUCGGACAAGGAGUUGGCAGCGCGCUGUUGACGCAGCUCAUUGACAUCUUGAAGAAUCCGGAACGGUUUCCCGAGUAUAUCCCCGUCCCACGCGAUGAGGAUACUCGGAUCCGGCAGGUUAUUGCCUGCAUGUCCUUGAACGAGACUGGGAGAGGUGGCGGAUGGGGCCUGGCGAGGUUCUAUGAAAGUUUCGGGUUCAAACAGGUUGGACAUCUGAAGCAAGUCGGGCACAAGCAUGGGCAAUGGUACGGCUUUGGAUGAGAACGGCUUGGAUGCAUGCUGAUAGAGACAGGAUUGAUACCGUAUAUCUUCAAUUGACACUUUGGAAUCCUUAGAUAAGGCCUGGACUCCAGAUUAUGAAUACAUUCGUCUCCUGUACAGAUAUCGCCUAAUUACGGAAUGGCGUCUGAUCACGCAGAGAUCGUAAAAUUUCAUUAACAUUCAACAGUGAGGGGCCCUCGUCAGUCACGUGGAUCCCAGGUCCCGCGAUUCACCCAUCUUGCCUCGGUCAAAUCUAGAGUG